AUGAGAGAGAGUAGCCAUAGACCUCUCAUAUUUGGAACCCCUUUCCUGUCUACUGUGGGUGCCAUAUUUGAUUUCCCCAAUCAAAGAAUCUCUUUCAACAAGGUGAACAAGGGUAUGUUCUUCCCUAUGUGUUCAACAAAGAACUCUUUUGUUGACAUGGUCCAAGAGGAGAAAGUUACUUUGAAGCCACCCCAAGAAGGAGAAACUGAAGAAACAAUCAAGGAAGAUCCCAUUCCUAAGCCCAAGCAGCUUGCCAAACAAGCAAGGAGUAAGACUAAGGCCCCUACACCAAAACCGCCCAAGGGAUCAACCAAGAUUGAAGAUGAGGCCAAGCCAAGAAGAAGGUUAGAAAGCCUAGAUAGGAUAGAAGGAGAAAAAGGUGUGAAAACACAAUCCGCGCCAAACAUUGGCCGCGGACGCGCAAAAAUGAUUUUGGCCGAGCAAUUUCCAACCGGCCGACCGUCGGUCGAGCCGGGAAGGAACGGCUUAUGCUCGGCCGGAUUCUAUCGCGCGACAGAAACCGUUCCCGCGGACGCACGGGAGAGAAGGAACGGCCGCGAUCGGCCGGAUUUAUGUAUCGGAACGGACCGACCGUGCCGGUCGAUCACACUCCUCAGCACAUUGUUGCACUAA